CAGAGGUGGAAAACUCCACUCCACGAUCCUUGACGUAACCGACACCAAAACAUUUCACGACUCUACGAACUUGACCACGAAUAAAGUGCGGAAACUAAGCACUAUCUGAGUGACAAGCAGACAAAAUGAUUGACAAGAGCAUCUUCGAGCAUUUACAAACCAAGAUCGACGAGGAGGGAGCUGUUCGCGAUGAACUGCACGAGAUCGUCCAGACGCUCGCUAGAAAAGGAAGAGCAACACAAGCUACCUUGUCGAGAGCCCACUCGACACCCUCAGACCAAUUGAAACCUGUUCUCGAUGAGGCCACGAAGGAGAUCCUUGGCCAGAAAGAAGAAGUCCUUCGUCUCAAGGCCGUGGCCGACAAACAUCCUUUCUACAAGUACAAUGGACUAUGGACGCGGGAGCUGCAGAACCUCGUAUUUUCUAUCGAACUGUGUGCAUGGCUCGGCGGAUUAGAGGACCACAAGAGCGGCACAGCGCAGUUCAUGACCAUCGAAGAGGUCGGGAAGUUCCUUGAGAUCCCCGUGAACCUCAAAGAACAAGACGCCUUCCAUUUGACUAUUGAGGAGUACCUCCUCGCGCUGAUCUCCAUGGUCGAAGAACUCGCCCGUCUGGCGGUCAACUCGGUCACCCUGGGCGACUACGCUCGUCCACUUCAGAUCGGGAAUUUCAUCAAGGAUCUCUUUGCAGGAUUCCAGCUGCUCAACCUGAAGAACGAUAUCCUGCGCAAGAGGAGCGACAGCAUAAAGUACAGUGUGAAGAAGGUCGAAGACGUCGUGUACGACCUCUCGCUGAGGAAUCUGGUCCCCAAGAACGCCUAGGCUCAAGAGUAUGUUAAAAGCGUAGGAUCAACAGGACAGUUUGAUCUCGAAAUACGAAUCAUAGCGUUACAAU